GACCAACAGGUGAAGACGGUCGAAGAAUUAAUCCGAACUCUCGGAAUGACACCUUGUCCCGCUCUCUUCGAAAAGAAAAAAAAAAAAAAAACGCCCUCUUGGGCAUCAAAGAUCUCGACAUCUUUCCUACUCAUUUGAAGUAAACUGCUGGUUAAGCAUAAAUUCUUCCAUUCUGAAUUAACCCCCCCCCCUUAUUCCCUUCGCGUAUCAGCCAGGCGAGUUCCUUUUCUCGGAGAAAGCCUUUCUUUUAUGUCUAAUCUAUCCACUCCUCACGUCGAGGCUGGCUUUUACCAGCGGGCACAAAUGAGCGCGUCUCGGAGUGACGAGGAUAAGAGAAGGCUGCGGGAUAAUGCGAUGAUGCUAUUAUCAGGGUAUGAAAAGGUUCAGAUCGCUCCCGACGAAACUACCGGCGAAGACGACUUCAAGUAUGCAGAUGCUCCGGCGGUGUGUGCGGUGGUGGUGGACAAGGGGAGUGGUGUUGGAUAUGCGCAAAUAACCGGCGGCGGCAAGAAACCAGACAUCGUUUAUACUGGUCGCGGCGAAACGGGAUAUAAGCUGGCACAUAUUUCUACUGGUCAGACAUGUAUGCUGUACGGGCGGCCUACGGUGCUGUAUGUCUAUCCUCAGCCGUGA